AUGGCUGCAGCUCUGACUCUCUCAGCUCCUGAGGAGCAGGAGGAAUUUCUGACAGUGAAAGUGGAAGAGGAGAACCACAUGUGGGUGCAGGGAUCUGGCCUACAGAGGAGUAACCCUUAUACUAGUGAGAUCUUCCGGAGGCGAUUCAGGCAGUUCUGUUUCCAGGAAACCCCUGGGCCUCGUGAAGCUCUUCGAAGGCUUAGAGAGCUUUGCCUUCAGUGGCUGAGGCCAGAAGUGCACACAAAGGAGCAGAUUCUGGACUUAUUGGUGCUUGAGCAGUUUCUGAAUAUCCUCCCUGAGGAACUCCAGACCUGGGUGUGGGAACAUCGUCCAGUGAAUGGAGAGGAAGCAGUGACUGUUCUGGAGGAUUUGGAGAGGGAACUUGAUGAUCCAGGAGAGCAGGUUCCAGCUCAUGCUCAUACACAGGAGAUGUUCUUGGAGCAGAUAGUGCCUCUGGAAACAACACAGGAGUCACCAAAUGUUCAGUUCCAGCCCUUGGGAACACAGAUCCAACGUAAAUCCCAAGAGAUUCAUCCUCUUAAGGAAAAUGAUGGUAAGACCAGCACUGAGAAUGGAGAGUUAGCUCCAAAGCAGGAAACUUCUGCAGGAAUGGAUAGAAUCAACAAAUCGAAUUGUGAUAUUCUCCAGGGUCCUGAAUGUGGAGAAUUGUGUGAACAAGAAGGCAAAUCAGAAAGACAGCGGGGGGACCUUGCAGUGGAAAGACCUUAUAUAUGCAAUGAAUGUGGGAAAAAUUUUACUCAGAACUCCAUUCUCAUUGAACAUCAAAGAACCCACACUGGAGAGAAACCUUAUGAAUGUGAUGAGUGUGGGAGAGCCUUCAGUCAGCGGUCUGGCCUUUUCCAACAUCAGCGACUCCACACUGGAGAGAAACGAUAUCACUGUAACGUGUGUGGCAAAGCCUUCAGUCAGAAUGCAGGGCUUUUUCAUCAUCUCAGAAUCCACACGGGAGAAAAACCCUAUCAUUGUAAUCAGUGUAGUAAAAGUUUUAGCCGGCGCUCAGUCCUUAUCAAACAUCAGCGAAUUCACACUGGAGAAAGACCUUAUGAAUGUGAUGAGUGUGGAAAGAACUUCAUUUAUCACUGCAACCUUAUUCAACAUCGGAAAAUUCACAUGGUUGUCGAGCCAAACUAGCUCCUUUAAGGGGGAACUAGGUCUUCCAUUUCUUAGGUACAGGGAACUCUCAGAAAAGGAGACUCUCAACUAAUAUAGUUUGGCACUUUAUAGAGCAUUAUCCAAGGACACUCAGAGGUUAAGGGUCUUGUGAAGACUUACAAAACCAGUGUGUGUCAAAAGUAGGACCUUAACCCAGGUCUUCUUGAUUAUAAGGUGAGCUCUUAAGUUCACUGUGUUGUGCA